AUGGUUCAACGUGCUUUGGCAGCCAAGAAUGUCGUAUACGCGAAAGGCGGGACAAUAUUUGCUGGAUUUCUCAAGAUAUUGCCCAUGUUUAUUAUGGUCUUCCCUGGAAUGAUCAGCCGAGUUUUAUAUAAAGAUGAUGUCGCAUGUCCUGAUGCCGAGAGCUGCGAGAGAGUGUGUGGAAAUAAGUUAGGAUGUUCAAACUUAGCUUAUCCAAGCUAA